CUUGGUAGCUACCUAGGUACAGGAUUAGGGUUUGCAAAUUGCAGGACGUUGAAAAUUUCCUCAGGCUUCAGAAGGAGCAGGGAAAAUGGCGGCCAGCAUGCAGCUCCUCACCAGGCAGCUUCAGCCUUCCUUACGCUGUCCCAGCUGCGGCAGUGGCCCUCAGGCUUCUGCAGGGGCCGCAGCGCCGCCGUUUGCAGCUUUUCAAGGAAAUCGGCAGCCCCGCAGAUCUGGUCAAGUUCUGCAGAAGUGGCGGGAGUAUGCUUCCUGCCGUUCAAUCGGAGGGAAAGCAGUUUCGCUGCAAAGCAGCAAUGCUGCGAGGGGUCCGGUGGGCCAAAGAACAGGAGCGGCCAGGGCAGUGGCGUCAGAAGGAGACUCACGCCCCAUUUAUCAGGGGAUGUAUGGGCCGUGGUCCGUAGAUGAAGCAGAUGAACGGGAGGUGUUCCUCUACCGAGCGGGCAUCGUGACCUCUGCUGCCUGCUUCACACUCGGCGCCCUCGCUGCCUUCGUUCCCUCCGACAGCCCCCUCUCCCCCGCACUCCGCUCCCUUCUCGACCCGCUCGCAGUGGUCGGCGCCGGGUCGCUCGGGCUGUCACUUGUGCUGGUGCACAUGUACGUUACGCCCAUCAAGCGCUUCAUGCAGGCUCUCUGGGCCGUUGGUGUUUUCGGGUCAGUGCUGACAGCGCUCAACUUUGCGGCGCCCGAGGGGACCCCCCUCGCCGUUUAUGUUGCGGAGCACCGAGGGGCGGUGUGGGCUGUGGGACCGCUCUUUGCGUCGCUGACAGGGCUGGCAUUCAAGGAAGGCCUGUGCUAUGGGAAACUAGAGGCGGCGCUCAUGUUCCUGGUCAUUCCAGCAACGCUGCUGGGCCAUCUGGCUGGGGCCGACUCCAAUGUCGAGCUUGGUCUGCUGGCGGUGUGGACGGCCCUGUAUGUGGUAUUCGCGAGCAGGAAGUUCACGCAGGCUGUCAAGGAUGACAUCGGAGAUAAGUCCGUCUUCAUGUUCAACGAUUUGUCAGAGGCCGAGAAGGAGAAGAGGCUUGCAGCGUUGGAGCAACAACGUGGGGGCUUGUAGCCACUUUGGGUCUACUUUGAGUUAAGCUUGAGCGGACGACUUUUGAGUAUAUGAGAAAGCAAGUCAGCAGGUUUGUCUUCUCACGCAGCCCGCCAUGACAUAUAGGCUGUACCAUACAGGAGCUCCGUCGACAACAUUGUUUUGAAAUUGUUGGGUUUUGUUUGCAGAGAGUAUUUCAAGAUUUGGAAGCACUCAUGCUGUCUUGGUACAUCCCUUGCAAGAUAUGUGCC